GAUAAUGAUAUCGUUGGCCCUGCUGAUGACGAGGCUAAGAUUGCAGCGCUCUGCCACACGACGUAUAAUACCAUCAACCGAUGCGAAGAAACGGCAAGAACAUCCAGCAGGUACGCACUCUGCUGGCUACGUAGUGUGCACCCGAGCAACUGCUACCCGAAGCCGUUUACGCUUGUGUCAAAGAAGAAUACUCGAAAACGUUACAUUUCCGUGCUCCAAAGGUUUGUGUCGCUGAUCUUCCGGGUCUAUCGGUUGUCAACAGAUCUCCGACGAGACGCAGCCGGCGUGUCCCUCACGGAAGAGCACUGGGUUGUCUGUGGGAAGGUCUGGAACCACCCUAGUCUGAACAUGGCAACUCCUCAACGUGGGGAAUGGGAGAGUCUGAACACAGGUAUCCCCGCAGACUGCGCAUGUGAAGAUAUGGGGGAAGUCAGCGACAGGGAUGGUUGGGAAGAGGAUGACAGCGAUCUUGACGACCAGCAAUCACUAGCCAGCAGCAGCGACGACGAGGGUUCUCAGUUCGACGAUCCUGAAGAGUCUUUUUGCGACGAUAGCAGUCAGAACGAAUGCGAUACCAGUACCAACACGCAAUUUCCAAAAAGACCGGAAGCCGAGGGAGUAGAGGCCGCGGGCGCAGGUAGCCUAGACGAGCUUUUGUUUGAGCUGAUCAUGCUAUUCUGCACACAGGAGAGUCAAGACGGGGAUCCUAGUCAGACCUUACUGGUUUACUUCUCUGGAAUUCUGGGAUUUACCAAGGACUUCCAGAGCUUCCAACCGCCCCGAAACUAUACGAGCCAUCUUGCUACGCUCAUCUACAUUCAACGCCUUCUUUUUCUUGAAUAUGCAGUUCCGAAGGGGGGAUAUGCCGAGAUGGGCAUACCAGAGCGGAGCAGACAGGUCGGUCUUGCUAGGCUUCGGGACGUGAGGCACAGGUUUACUGUCCUUGGUGCAGAGUCCCCAUUCGAGGAGAUGUUUUCCCUGCUUUGUUUUGGCAGGAAGAUAGCCGCCAACAGCACCCCACCUAUCGUUCUUCACUGGAGCGACGACGAGCAGAAGGUGACUGCGUCGGGGGCCUGUUCCGUUACUAUGGAAGAUUUCAGGAGUUUGCCGAAGGACCUCGUCACAAAGGCAGAUUAA